GGCCCCGACGCGUGGCUGCACGCGAGGCCCUCCGGCGGCGAGGGCGGCUUCGCCGCCAGGCUGGACGCACUGGCCGACGGCCUCGAGGCCGGUCGGUGCGAGCAGCAGCGGCUGGAGGACAGCCUGGGCGGCCUGCGCGAGGAGCUGGACGCGCUGCACCCCGCGCUGGAGGUGCUGCGCGGCCUCGUCGACCAGGAUGUUGCCGACCGCGGUGCCGACAAGGAAAUGAUCAUGGAGAGCCUGCGCGAGCACGAUCGGCUGAUCAGGGAGUCGCAGUCGCGCGACGCCCGGUGCCGGGCGGCCCUGGACGGCCUGAGGGGCGCGGCGGAGGCGGACCGGGCCGCGUGCGGCGGCGGUGUCCCGGGCCUCGAUGCGAAGCUGCGGGACAUCGAGGAGCUCCGCAGAACCCUCGAGGGGGUGGCGGCCGAGGUCGCCGAGGUCGCGGCCGAGGCCUGCGAGAAGAUCGACGCCGAGGGUGCGGCGUUCAGGCUGCGGGAGGCGGAGCUGGAGCGAAGGCUGCCGAAGAAGAAGAAGCAUCAUAGGCCAACGACGCAUGCACACGUCCGCGGUUAG